GUGAAGCCUUCCCAUCUAAAGUGAAUCGCUGCUCUAUUUUUUGCUCUGCCAUUACUGCCUUCCAAGGCCUUCCACAGUACAUUAAAGAAGAAGAUAAGGUUUUAUCUUAUCAUGAAAGUAUUAUCGGAAGGACAAUUAAGGUUUUGUGUUAUUCAAACUGUACAUCUCACAUCAUGGCUGCUCAUACUCUUUAUUCUGAAGUCUAGCUCUUCUCUAAAACCUGCUCGACUUCCAGUUUAUCAAAGGAAACCUUUUAUAGCUGCUUGGAAUGCGCCAACGGAUCAGUGUUUGAAAAAAUACAAUAUAAGACUAAAUUUGGGAAUGUUUCAGCUGAUUGGAAGCCCACUGGCUAAGGCCAGGGGGCAGAAUGUCACCAUAUUUUACGUCAACAGGUUGGGAUACUAUCCGUGGUAUACAUCACAGGGGGUUCCCAUUAAUGGGGGUCUCCCUCAGAACAUAAGUCUGCAAGUACAUCUAAAGAAAGCUGACCAAGAUAUUAGUUAUUAUAUCCCUGCUGAAGAUUUCAGUGGACUUGCUGUUAUCGACUGGGAAUAUUGGCGACCCCAGUGGGCCCGUAACUGGAACACAAAAAACGUCUAUAGACAGAAGUCAAGAAAUCUGAUUUCUGAUAUGCAAGUGAAUGUAUCAGCUACUGAUAUUGAAAAAAUAGCCAAAGCAGCAUUUGAAGAAAGUGCAAAAGCUUUCAUGAAGGAAACCAUCGAAUUGGGAAUGAAGAGUAGACCCAAGGGCCUCUGGGGUUAUUAUUUAUAUCCCGAUUGCCACAAUUAUAAUAUUUAUGCCCCGAAUUACACUGGGUCAUGCCCUCAAGAGGAAGUUUUGAGAAACAAUGAGCUCUCUUGGCUCUGGAAUAGCAGUGCUGCUUUGUAUCCUUCUCUUGGUGUCCGAAAAUCUCUUAGAGACAACAAAAACGUUUUGCGCUUCUCACAAUUUCGGGUGCAGGAAUCUAUGAGGAUCUCCACCAUGACAUCCCAUGAUUAUGCUCUGCCUGUGUUCAUCUACACGAGGCUAGGCUACAGAGAUGAACCUUUAUUUUUUUUUUCUAAGCAAGACCUAAUCAGUACCAUUGGAGAAAGUGCUGCCUUGGGAGCUGCAGGCAUGGUUAUCUGGGGAGACAUGAAUUUAACUUCAUCUAAGGGUAACUGUACAAAGGUGAAGCAGUAUCUGAGUUCUGACUUAGGGAGCUACAUAGUCAACGUGACAAGAGCUGCUGAGAUCUGCAGCCUUCACCUCUGCAAGAGUAACGGGAGAUGUUUAAGGAAGAUAUGGAACUCCUCGGAUUACCUUCACUUGAACCCUGCAAGUUACUACAUAGAAGCCUCUGAGGAUGGAGAAUUUACUGUGAAAGGAAAAGCAUCUGAUACAGACCUGAAAGUGAUAGAGGAGAAAUUUUCCUGUCAUUGUUAUCAGGGAUAUGAAGGAGCUGACUGCAGAGAAAUGAAGACACUGGAUGGCCGCUCUGGGCUCUUCUCUUUUUCUGGCUCACUAAUAACACUAUGCCUGCUGGUUUUAGCAGGUUAUCAAAGCAUUCGGUGGUGAGAUAAUUGAGUCUGAAGGGAAUUGUAUGGCCUGUAAUCACUUAGAGAAGAGAGGAAAGCUAGGACAGUUUUUCUCUCUUAUGAAAUCCAUUGAGAGGUAUCAUAAGUAGACAUUAUGUAUGUCACGUAACAUAAACAGGGACAUACUGCUUUAUUUGACUCCGAUUUGGCUGAGA